AUGAUGGCUGUCGAAACCCAAGCGCAAUACAACACCUCGUAUAUGAUGAGCGAGGAGCAUCAGUAUAUGUCUCCGGAGGAUGAGUGGGACAGGGAYCUACUGCUGGACCCCGCAUGGGAGAAACAGCAGAGAAAGACUUUCACAGCCUGGUGUAACUCCCACUUGAGGAAGGCAGGGACACAGAUCGAGAACAUAGAGGACGACUUCAGGAAUGGCCUCAAACUCAUGCUGCUGCUGGAGGUCAUCUCAGGUGAGAGACUGCCCAAACCYGACAAAGGCAAGAUGCGUUUCCACAAGAUUGCAAAUGUGAACAAGGCCCUGGACUUCAUCUGCAGCAAGGGAGUCAAGCUGGUGUCCAUCGGCGCUGAGGAGAUCGUCGACGGUAAUACGAAGAUGACCCUGGGAAUGAUCUGGACCAUCAUCCUGCGUUUCGCCAUUCAGGACAUCUCCGUGGAGGAGACCUCUGCUAAGGAGGGUCUUCUUCUGUGGUGCCAGAGGAAGACUGCCCCCUACAGGAACGUUAACGUGCAGAACUUCCAUAUCAGUUGGAAGGAUGGCCUGGCACUGUGUGCCCUCAUCCACAGACACAGACCUGACCUCAUUGACUACUCCAAACUGAGAAAGGAUGACCCCAUCGGUAACCUCAACACUGCCUUCGAGGUGGCUGAGAAGUACCUGGACAUCCCCAAGAUGCUCGACGCUGAAGACAUUGUGAACACCCCCAAGCCUGAUGAGAAGGCCAUCAUGACCUACGUGUCCUGCUUCUACCACGCCUUCGCUGGCGCUGAGCAGGCKGAGACAGCAGCUAACAGGAUCUGUAAAGUGCUGGCUGUUAACCAGGAGAAUGAGAAACUCAUGGAGGAGUAUGAGAAGCUGGCCAGUGAGUUGCUAGAGUGGAUCCGCAAGACCAUCCCGUGGCUGGAGAACCGCAUGGCGGAGCAGCAGAUGAGGGCCAUGCAGCAGAAGCUGGAGGACUUCAGGGACUACCGCCGCAUCCACAAGCCGCCCCGCGUCCAGGAGAAGUGUCAGCUGGAGAUCAACUUCAACACCCUGCAGACCAAGCUGAGGCUGAGCAACCGGCCCGCCUUCAUGCCCUCCGAGGGAAAGAUGGUCUCGGACAUAGCCAAUGCAUGGAAGGGUCUGGAGCAGGUGGAGAAGGGAUAUGAGGAGUGGCUUCUUACUGAGAUCAGACGUCUGGAGAGACUGGACCACCUGGCUGAGAAGUUCAAGCAGAAGUGUUCCCUGCACCAGUCCUGGACCUCAGGUAAAGAAGAGCUGCUGUCCAUGAAGGACUAUGAGUCGGCCUCUCUGAUGGAAAUCAGAGCUCUGAUGAGGAAACACGAGGCYUUUGAGUCUGACCUGGCCGCCCACCAGGACAGAGUGGAGCAGAUCGCUGCUAUCGCCCAGGAGCUCAAUGAGCUGGACUACCAUGACGCAUCCUCUGUGAACGCCCGCUGCCAGGGCAUCUGUGACCAGUGGGACAACCUGGGUACGCUGACGCAGAAGAGGAGGGACUCCCUGGAGCGCGUAGAGAAACUGUGGGAGACCAUUGACCAGCUGUACCUGGAGUUCGCCAAGAGGGCGGCGCCCUUCAACAACUGGAUGGACGGAGCCAUGGAGGAUCUGCAGGACAUGUUUAUCGUCCACAGCACCGAGGAGAUCCAUUCUCUGAUUACAGCCCAUGACCAGUUCAAGGCCACCCUACCAGAGGCUGAUAAGGAACGCAUGGCCACCAUGGGCAUCCAGAGCGAGAUUGUGAAGAUCGCUCAGACUUACGGCAUCAAGCUGUCAGGAGUCAACCCCUACACCAACCUCUCCCCCCAGGAUAUCACUAACAAGUGGGAGGCAGUGAAGCACCUUGUUCCUCUCAGGGACCAGAUGCUGCAGGAGGAGGUAGCCAGACAGCAGGCCAACGAGAGGCUGAGGCGCCAGUUCGCUGCCCAGGCCAACAUCAUCGGACCCUGGAUCCAGACCAAGAUGGAGGAGAUUGGUCAUGUGUCUGUGGACAUCGCCGGUUCUCUAGAGGAACAGAUGAACAAUCUCAAGCAGUAUGAACAAAACAUUAUCAACUACAAGUGUAACAUCGACAAACUGGAGGGAGACCACCAGCUCAGCCAGGAGUCCCUCAUCUUUGACAACAAACACACCAACUACACCAUGGAGCAUAUCCGUGUGGGCUGGGAGCAGCUGCUGACCACCAUCGCCCGCACCAUCAACGAGGUGGAGAACCAGAUUCUGACCCGCGAUGCCAAGGGUAUCAGCCAGGAGCAGCUCAACGAGUUCAGAGCCUCCUUCAAUCACUUCGACAGGAAGAGAAAUGGCAUGAUGGACCCCGACGACUUCCGUGCCUGUCUCAUCUCCAUGGGUUACGAUCUGGGUGAGGUGGAGUUUGCCCGCAUCAUGACCUUGGUGGAUUCAAACAACACAGGCGUGGUCACCUUCCAGGCCUUCAUCGACUUCAUGACCCGUGAGACGGCCGAGACAGACACCGCUGACCAGGUCAUGGCUUCCUUUAAGAUCCUGGCCUCCGACAAGGCCUACAUCACGGUUGACGAGCUGCGCAGAGAGCUGCCCGCAGAGCAGGCCGAGUACUGCAUCAGCCGCAUGACCAGGUACAUUGGAGCCGACGGCCCAUCCGGAGCCCUCGACUACAUCUCUUUCUCCAGCGCACUCUAUGGAGAGAGCGACUUGUAAACCCCCUCUCCUGUAUGGAGAGAGCGACUUGUAAACCCCCUUUCCCCCUCCUCUUGUCUUCCCUUCAUUUCCCCCCUCUCCUCUAUGGAGAGAGCGACUUGUAAAACUCCUCCUUCUCCUCCUGUUCUUUCUUCCCUCCAUCCUCUCCCUCCUGUACAGAGAGGUUUAGAUACCGCUUCUCCUCUCCUCUUUUCCCCUUCCACACUGCCCAGAGAGGAAAAGAGAGCGGGAGGCUUUGCUCAGAUCAAAUCUUCGAGACAAAUGUCCUGUUAAGGUCUGGCUGGAUUUCUAAUGUUUAACUCUCAUCCCUCUCUCAUCCAUACUGUCCUCCGUACUGCACCAAGUGCCUGAUGAGCCAGAAUACCUGGUGUCACACGAUGAUCCGUUUCACAUUAACUGCCUUUUAGUACGAUCGACUGGACAGAGUUUAGUCAUGGGGGAAAAAACWAAGAAGGGGACAAAAGAAAAAUAGUUUCACACUAGCAGAGUUUCUGAGCAGAGCCCCCAGCCCUAUACCUCGCCUCCUCAAAUAAUAUUACAAUUCCUAUUAUUUGGAAGGGUUUAAAAGAAAACAAUGAAAUAUUGGUUGGUUGGUUGUGUAUUGAUGCAGAUGCAUGCUCUGUUUAUAGUAGAAAUGCUGUCCAUGUUGAAUGGUUGAAUCUCCCCCGCCAACACACAAAUCCUUUAUAGCAGCUCCCAUACUAACACCCCUCUCUUUCCACAGAAACUUGUAAUGUUGUCGCAAUGCUUUCAUAAUGUUGUAAUUUGGUAUUUCAGAGAGUAUAGGGUGCCAUCAGAAGAGAGCAGUGAAUUGUGGGUAAAAGGUAGUUAACCCCUGAUCUCUGAUCAACUUGUUUAGAGGGAUGAGGACACUGACAGGAAGAAUUCUUUUGAUUGGAGGAUAGGGUGAGGAUGCUGACAGGAAGGCUCAUUUUGAUUGGAGGAUGCAAAGAUAAAGGAGUAUCAUAACUGUUAUCAUAACUGUUAUGGCCAGAAAGAAGCAUGUCGGUCACCUCUCUCCUCCGUCUCAUCCCUCUAUCAUCACUCCAUCAUCUGUACCAGGGAUAUGACUACACCAAUAGAAUGAUAUAAUAUGUCAUAUUUUACAUAUACUAUUUCAUAUCAUGUCCUAUGAAACCAUAUUGAGGUUGUCUGCUUGCUGUGCAUUUUGAGAGGAGCGAGAGACAGGUAGAGGUGUUGAGUAGUGAAAAAGAGCGAGAGAGAGGAAAUCAGGUAAUGUUCUGGAGAUAAAGGAAUAUGGACUCAGGGUUCCUGAGUCCAGGUAUGGUGAAACAAAGUUAGGCCCAGGCUUCAUCCAAAAUGGCACCCUAUUCCCCAUAGGCUCUAGUCAAAAGUAGUGCACUACAUAGGUUAUAGGGUGCCAUUUUUGACUCAGACCCUGUGUAGCCUAACUAUCUAUGCAAGCUUUUAGGUUGUGGUCCAGUUCAAUAAGAGGAUGGCUACGUUCCAGGCUGACUACACCGCAGACGGCUGCCAGAUCUCACGACGCCUGGAUACGUGUUAAACAUAUCAGCUAACCACAUCAUAUUACAUAGCAAUCUGAUGCCUGACUGUACAGUUGAUGAGGUGGCACUCAACCAUUUGCAAUGUAAUUGGCCUGGAACAUGACAUGUUUAAAACAGAACCUGAGAAUGUCAGCCGUGAAGUGAGCAAGGGCAUUCAAAUGACAGUGGGCGAUUCUCAAAUCUACACCCAAUUCCCUAUGUCAUGCACUAGUUUGGACCUGAUCCGAAGUAGCCAAGUGCACUACGGAUGGAAUAGGGUGUCAUUUAGGACAGAGCCAGAACCAGUAACUCCCCUUUGGGUGGAUUCUUUCUCUUCUGUCUUCUCUAUUAUCCCUCCCUCCUGUUUCCCCUCUAUUCUAUCACCCGCUACAAGAGCUUGCUUCCACACAAUCCUUCAAUGUUAAAGUCACACCUUGGAAUAAAUAAAAAAGGAAAACUAUAUUACUAURUGAA